AUGCUCGUGAGAUAUGAACUGAUAUGCAGAUGUCUGUGUGAGGCUGGUGCUUCGAUGAAUGUUCUGAAUGUGAAAGGUGAGGAUGCGGUGCACGUGGCCGUCGACAGGUGCAAUGACGCCGAGGUGCGUGACUUGCUGGCGUUCCGUGCAGAUCCACACACAGUUACCGCCGCCACAGAUGUUGAUCCUGAAUGUUCGCAGUCAACCACUAGCUACCGCCCUGUUCUAUCCACUUCCAAAUUAAAUACUGGUGCUGCAGCAAUAACCAAGGACCAUUAUCAUUCGGUUGCUUCUGAAUUGGACAGGUCCUCAUUAGUGUCACGUGAAUCAACAUCAUUACUGAACAGUAAUUGCAAUAACGAUGAGACCUAUUCGUGGACUGACUUGUUAUGGCCACAACCGAAGAAUAUAUAUCCUGAUGCAGAAGAUAAAAAUAUAUCAUUUCCGAACGAUAGCCGUAUAAAGAUAUAUUUUGAUGCGUCGUCAGAAGGUGAUGCAAGUGAAAUGAUGCGAAUUAUACAGUUAUUUACAUCGUUACUCUCAUCAGUCGGAUUAGAAGUUGAAUACCGAGGAUAUAAAGUGGGCGUUAUUCUUGUUUCAACUGUAAUAAUGACGGAAGAGUCAUCAUCGACGUGGAAUGGUGCUGUACUGUGCGGUAUAUUCGAGAGUGAUCAACUGAAGGGAUCAUAUUCACUAUCGAUAAACGAGUGCACUGAUAUUCGCUUGUUCGCAAAUGACUAUUACGGCUUCAAGUUUGGAUUCGUAACCCUUAUAACGGAAGUGAGAAGUGAUAACAGCAAUGAAAGGUCGUUAUCGGGAGUGAGUAUGCACCAUGCAUCAGAGUAUGAAUCCACUCUCUUCAACGAAUCUUAUAAGUCAAAGAUACCAGCUGUGCCUAGUGGUGUAAUACCAUGCGUAACGAUUCGUGACAACCCUGAUUCGUGUGUGCGAGCAAUAUUUUUUGAUUUUAGUGGAUGCAGUGUGUUGAAUAUUGAUACGAUGCACACAUUACCAGCCUAUGUAACAUUAUGUAUCGACGCAGUAGAUGUUAUAGCGUUACCAUCCUCAUUAUAUCCGCUGAACAUCGUUAUUCGUGUGAACAGUAAUCAACCCGGCUACCUGUCAAACGCUCUUCAUUCCAUCAUCAAUACUUUAAUUACUGCCAAUCAGUUCGCUCAAAAACUACCUACCUCAGGCAUUAUGAUGUGCAAUGUUUCAACUGGAUGUGAAAUCAUGCCCAUAUCUCUUGCUUAUAUUCCUCAAGUGGCAUCCUUAGGAAUUGCUUGGAAUCGUUCCAUCCACAUCCCACAUUUCUCUUCUAUCUUACCACGAAUCACUGCUGAGCAUUUUCUUUUGAAUGGAAAUAUGGAAGUCUUGUUCAUACAAGCAUGUACUUUGGGUCAUGUUGAAAAUGAGGUGACCAGACUGAGUAAUGGAGGAGUAGAGUCACAUUCAAAGGGUAUUUUAUGGUGUUUUAAGGCACGAAUCCAGGUGAAGGCACGGCAUUUAAAAGCAUUCGUAGAAGCACAAGCUGGAACAAGUUGUGAUCUUGAAGUGGCAUUAGUAUUGGCCGAAGUUGAAUUCGUUACUGAAUUGAUGACCUUAAUUUGCAGAUUAGGACAGUCACUAUGCGUACACCAAAUGAAAAUUACUCGUGUACCAUCGACGACCGAUAUUAAUGCAAUUGCCGUCAAUGACUACAACGAAAAGUCAUGUCCAUCCAAUAAUGUCAACUUUAAUUACGAUCAGUUCGCUAAUUUCCAUCUCUCAAAUUUACCGGUCACAGCGCGUACCGAUCUUGCGAAUUGUUUAAACUGUGAUAGGAAUCCAAAAACAGGUUACAUGGUAAACAUCGGCGCGUCAAGACCCUACACAAACCAUCUGGCUGCAAUUGCCCCUUUGCUGAAAAUCCGAAGAAAUUUUCAAAAUAUUUGGUUAUCGAGAAAUAUGGCAAGUACAUUACCGAACGCAUUGAAAUUAUUCGAUAAUUUGUUCCAUGCUUUAUUACCAGCUGAUAUGCAGUCUUACAGUGAUAUUCUUCUUUAG